AUGCCUGACCCAUCACACGUGUUAGAUUUCCAACCAAUCCAACUCAAGGAUGAUUUGUCUUAUGAAGAGGAAGCCACAGAGAUUGUGGACAGGAAGGAUCAAUAUGCUCAUUACAGAUGCAUACAAAGAUGGUGUAACAAGAAAGGUGACACUGUGUGUGAGAUAUGUCACCAGCCAUUCAAACCAGGCUAUACAACACCUCCUCCUAUGUUUCAACUUGGGAGUAUUCCAAUGAACUUUAGAAAAAAUUGGGAGAUCUCCAGAAGGGACCUAAAUAACCCUUGCUUUAUAGCUAUGGUGACAACUGAGCCUAAUUUUGUUGAUCAAGACUAUGAUGAGUAUGGUGGGACCUAA